AUGGGAAAAGACGUCACCCACCGUGUUCCUACGAAGCGCCAGCAAUCAAGAGAUGCAGCAAGCGAGAAAGAAAAAAAGCCUCGGGUUUCUACUGGUUCUGGGAGCCACAAAAGCUCAGAGAAGGCAAAGAGGCAAGCCGAAAAGUUGCUGAAGGCAGCAGCGGCGGCGUCUUCUGUGCCACCGAAAGACCAGGAGAAUAAGAAGAAGCCGAAGAAGGAAAGCAAGGGAGAGAUAGAAGCCCAAGACCAGAAGCCAAGAAAAGAGGAUAAGAAAGACAAAGAGAAGAAGGAGAGCAGGGAAAAGAAGGCAGGCACGACGCAGCAGGAGAAGGAAAUCAAAGAGAAGAAGGAGGGCAGAGAGAGCAGAGAUGCAAAAGACAAGAAGGACAAGCAAGACCCCGCGCCAGCGAAGGCGAAGGGACCUGAACCGGGCCCAGGCCAGAGAGCACAGCAACAGAAGAAGGAAAGCAAAGACCACAAGGGAAAGAAAGACCAGCAGGAAAGCAAAGACCAAAAGGAAAGCAAAGACCAGAAGGAAAGCAAAGACCAGAAGGAAAGCAAAGACCAGAAGGAAAGCAAAGACCAGAAGGAAAGCAAAGACCAGAAGGAAAGCAAAGACCAGAAGGAAAGCAAAGACAAGAAAGAAACCAAAGACAAGAAGGAAGCCAAAGACAAGAAAGAAGCCAAAGACAAGAAGGAAGCCAAAGACAAGAAGGAAGCCAAAGACAAGAAGGAAGCCAAAGACAAGAAGGAAGCCAAAGACAAGAAAACCCGCGUGUCCGAGGAGGUGGGUGCAGUUUCCUUUCCGCAGAGCGUGGACGGAGAAUCCGAGAAUGAUUUUGAUCAAGUGGCGCUCAUCGAGGCACAGAUAGCAGCCGAGGAACUUGCUGCAUGCUCCCCAAUGGCUUCAGAAGGUUCCGCGGAUUUCGGUGACCAGGAUGAUGAUGAUGAUGAUGGACAGGAGGAAUCGGAGGGAGCAGGGGAGCCGGAGGCAUCUCCGAAUGCCGCUGAAUGUGAAGCCGAAGCCGAGGAGGAAAUCCUGCCGUCGCAAGAGUGCCACCUGAAUGAAGAAGACAUGCCAAGCGGUUCCUCAUCUGAGGAAGAGUCCGAGAAUACCGACGGGGAGCCCUUGUCUGGAGAUGAUGACGAACCGACCCCCGACCCAACUUCCUUGGUGGAGGCCACGCAGAAGGAGGAGGAAGCAGUGCGGAACAGCUCCCCAGAUGAAAUAUCGUUUGAUGUCUUGUGUACGACGCACAAAAAGGAAUGGGCCGUGUUUGAUCGGGCGAUCAAGAAUCGCCAGAAGUUCCCCGUCAGCCUUAGUUCCUACGCAAGCAAAUCUAAGACGGAUUUGUUUGGUGCCUGGCUCGAUUGCAACGGCAAUUGGGAUGAGCUACUUGGCUACGUGAUUUGUGAUGCACGGCACGUUGCCGCCCAGGGUGAUGUUGUUGCCAUCCAGGGGAAAGACUUGAAGUCUAAGUACGCCGACGAGGCCAUGUACAAGCAAGUAAUUGCCGCAAGAAAAGCCGAAGGACGCUGGUACAAAGACAAAGACUUUCCGGACAAAGAGGAUGAAGCUUGGUGUUAUAUGCCGAAGGGCCACCUGCUGCGGCUUGACAACAGCACAAGCGAGUCUCAGACCCUCCGGGUGGAUCAAGCGAUGGAUGAAGAUUUGGCAAAGGUUCUCGAAGAGGGCAAUGUGCUUCAGGCAGGCAGUAUGCCUGCUGUGCAUGCAGCCUCCGAGGCUGGUGAAAGGCCCUCCUGGGCCUCUUCGACGAGGCAGGUGGCGGAAAAGGAAACCGAGAUCCUGAAGGAUUCCACGGAGGCUCGCAAAACCUCCAUCACCCUGACCAAGCUGAACUACGGCGGCCAGCUAUCGGAGCAGCUGCUCAAAUUUUCGAAGCAGAUGGAGUCUGCCUACAAGAAGAUGUGUCAGCUGGACAAAGACGGAAACACAAAAGCCUUGAGGAAAGUUAUCAAGGGGGUGGAUCAGAAGAAGCCAUGGUUCAAGCAAGCCCAGGCACAAUGA